AUGGAGAUGGAUGGAGAUGGGAAGAACCAGAGCCAGAGGGUUUCGCGGCCGGCGGAGCCGGAGUUGCUCCUCCAGUGGGGGAACCGGAAGAGGCUGAGGCGCGUCAAGGUGAGGGAAGACGACGGCGGUGGCAACCUGUCGGAAAAAUCCGAUGGCCUGAAGCGGAUCAGAGUCCGGGUCAACCGCCGGGUGAUCAAAUCGGGCAAGGAUUCCUUGCUGCCAUCCGCUUGGCUUUUCCCCAGGUAAGCCAGAUUGAAGCAAUCCCUGUGAAUCCGGCUGUCCGAUGGAUCGGAUCUGUUGACGCACCAUCUUUCUUUCUUUCUUUUUUUUCUUGAUCAGGAAGUCGGAAUCAGGGGCCUGCGAGAGCAACCGGAAGUUGCCGCUGUCGCCGGAGAAGGAGGACGGCAGGUUCUACACCACGAGGGGGUCCAUGGCGGGGCACGAGGAGAAUGGGAACGGCGGCGGCGGCCACGGAGAUGAGAGAGGGAUGUUGUUCGGCUGCGGCGUGGGAGAGGAGAAAGCUCGCGGGAGGUGGAUUCUUCCCAGGUUCUUCAUUUCGCUCUCCAGUAAGGAGAAGGAAGAGGAUUUCAUGGUCAUGAAGGGCUGCAAGCUCCCCCAGCGACCCAAGAAGCGGGCCAAGUUCAUCCAGAAGACGAUACUGGUACCUUCUUCCCCACCGCCUCCUCCUCCUCCCGCAUCUUUUCCAUCACCGCCAUUAAAUUUGUGGAGAAAAAAAUCCAGUUGGUCAGCCCUGGCUCAGGGCUGUCGGAUGUUUCACACGAGAGAUACGAAGUGAGGGAGAAGAAGAGCUCCAGGAAGGUGCGCUUCCCUGUUCCUCUCUCUCUCUCUCUCUCUCUCUCUCUCUCUCUCUCUAUCUCCUAUCUUCUUCUUCCAUUGAUUUGGGUUUCCUCUCCGUGACCGCAGAGAAGAAGAGGGUUGAAGGCCAUCUCCAUCGAGAGCGAUUCCGAUUGA